UUUGGGAAAACUUUUUUUGAAAAAAAAAAAAGGAAAAAAGUGAGCUUUGGCCAUCAUUCCUCCUGGUCUGAACUUUGCUGAGCCUUUUCGGCCAUGGCGAUGGCCAUGGCUGCUUCUUCUACAUUUCUUGGACACGUCCCACUUACCCUUCAUAAUCCAUCAUGUAGACAAUGCGUCCAGAAUCCGGUUUCAACAUUCCGCGUAAAUGCUCUAUUUUGGGGACAAAAGAAGUCUGUGGAACCUGCUAACAGGGAUGUUUCUUUGGGGAGUUUCACAUUUAAAGAGCCUGGCUCAAAGGGAGAUAUGUCAGACUCAGAGAGAGUCAAAACCAUUUCAGUUUCAGUGGUUCCCUCAAUCAUAGAGGUCUCAUCCAGUGAAUGGGAUGCAUGCUGUUUUGAUGCCACAGGUCCUGAACAAUUUAAUCCAUUUACUACCCAUGGUUUUUUGUCAAGCUUGGAGGAAUCAGGUUGUGCCGUUAAGGAGACAGGUUGGAUAGCACAACAUAUAGUAGCUCGGGAUGAGUGUAAUACUGUUUUAGGUGUUGUUCCCCUCUACCUGAAAAGCCAUUCUUAUGGUGAAUAUGUAUUUGAUCAUUCUUGGGCAAAUGCUUACUAUGGCUAUGGUGCAAGGUACUAUCCUAAAUUGCAGUGCUGCGUGCCUUUCACUCCUGUUACUGGCCAGAGGAUCUUGCUUCGUAACACAUUAUACAAGGAUAAAAUCUUUGACAUUUUAGUAUCUGCAAUGAAGGAUCUGACAACCAAGUUCCAGGUAUCUUCACUGCACAUUACUUUUCCUUCUGCUAGUGAGUGGGGCAAGUUGAAGGAAGAGGGUUUUCUUCAGAGGAUCGGUAUGCAGUACCAUUGGAGAAAUCGUAAUUAUAAAAGUUUUGAUGAGUUCUUGAUGGAUAUGAAGCAAGGCAAAAGGAAAAAUAUUCGGCAAGAGCGCAAGAAGAUUUCUGCUCAAAAUUUGACCAUGAAAUGGCUAAGGGGAGAUGACAUCAAGCCUGGGCAUUGGGACACGUUCUACCAAUUCUACCGAAACACCACUGAUAACAAGUGGGGUAGUGCUUAUCUAACUAGAGAAUUCUUUCACAACAUGGCUUCAAAGAUGGGUGAUCGUGUUUUACUUAUUGUAGCUGAAGAAGGGGGUGAACUUGUAGCUGGAGCACUGAAUCUUAUUGGAGGGAACACAUUGUAUGGGCGCCUAUGGGGCUGUCACCCAGAGGUUUACUAUCCAAGCUUGCACUUUGAAGCUUGUUAUUACCAGGCAAUAGAAGCAGCCAUUGAAUUUAAACUUGGUAAAGUAGAGGCUGGAGCUCAGGGUGAGCAUAAAAUUCAGAGAGGUUACCUGCCUGUGACUACUUACAGCAGUCACUAUAUACUGGAUGAAGAGUUUAGAAAAGUGAUAGCAGAUUUUUUGGUACGGGAAGCAUCUCAGGUAAACCUUGUUCUGAAGUUGCUAAAUGAUUCCGGUCCUUUCAAGGAGGAUAAAUCUAGUUGAAGGACUCAACUUCCUUGUCUUGGUAAUAGCUCUCCGACCUCAGCAAUUCCCAUUCAGGACUAGGGAUCAAGUUGCAUCUUUGCCAUGUGGACAAAGAUGGUCAAUUUCAGUAGGGGCAAACAUAUAGAUCAGACAGUUCCAUCUUACGUUUAUAAAGCGGAUGGGAUGAUUUUGUACAGGUUUUGACAUUUUACAGCAUAUAACCUAUAAUGGCAAAGAUAGAAAGUCUAGCCGGAUGGGUAGAAAAAUAGGACAAAGUAAACUAGUGCUAUAGCCCUUUUAUAGUGCGAGCGACUGGUGGGAUGAAUUGCAGCUGUAGGCAAUCUUCUGUAUACGUAUUCACAAGUGCAACUUAUUCUUCAUGUAUCCAUAGCGUUUGAAAAGUCACAGUUAAUUCAUUGACUUGUCACUUUCUGAUACUCUAAAAUUAGCUAAUUCUGACUGCCUUGGAUGUUUACAUUGUUAGAACUUGGCAUUUCAUGAUGAA